GUGAAUCUCGACUCGACAUCGAAAUUAUCAACCGGCAGACCACACAAACACAGUUUGCAAUUUUCCCAAUAUUUGCAAAUUGUUGUAGUUCAUAUCAAAAUUUCGCAAAAGUUUUCAACAAAACUGAAAUCAUGAUUUUGUUACAGUGAACAAGGGCUAAUUUCUGAGUUUAAUGGUAAAAAAUAUGAUUCAAAUGAGUCAAUUUUUGAAAUAAAAAUCAUCGACUGUGACCCUAAAUUUUAGUAAUUAAACGUAAACCCCUAAAAGAAAUUACAAAUUAACUUUUAGCACAAAUUCUUCCUUCAGUUAAGUCGUCAACUGUAAAGUCACAAGUGUUGAUUUAGUAAAUUAGUGCUGAGGCUGGUUGUUGAAGGGCAGGGUUUUAUAUUUAAUUAAAAAUUGGUUGGGGCGUGUUAAACCGUCAUGCAGUCAGUUGCAAACAACUUGGCAUAUUCCGUACAGGUUGCUGUUGCUCCGAACUCCAUGCCAGAGGCGAGACUUCAAGCAUCAAAAUUCUGCAAUGAUUAUAUUCAAUCUACUCCUCCGACAGAAUUGUGCGACGUCGGUUUUAUUCUCACCAGCCAUUCCGACCCUGCUGUCAUCAGAACAGGGAUGCAACUUUUAGAACAGGUGACCAAGUACAGUUGGCAACUGAUUGUGGAAAGGGAGCAAGUCAAGGAGAAACUAUUUGUCCUUAUGCAAAGUGGAAUGACAGCGGGGUCAGAUAGAUGUCCUCCAUUUUUACAAGAAUCUCUGGCCAGGGUAAUCGUCGAAAUUGCAAAACGUGAAUGGCCUCAGUUAUGGCCCAAUUUAUUUCCAAGAUUAUUCGAAAUUGCAAACUCAAGCGAUUUGGCUCUCCUAGUUUUGCGACGAAUGGUUGAAGAUGUUGCCACACUUCAGAAUGUGGACUGCUUAGAACGGCGCAGAGAAUUAAGUCAAAGCUUGACCGCCAUUGCGUCAGAAGUUAUCAACAAUUUUUUUCGUGUUCUUAUCGAAUCUGUUAAACAAUACCACGCUACUGCGGCGGAAGUGCAUCAACGGCGAGCCAAAGUUUGCUUGGGAUGUUUGCUGCCGUACAUCGAAUGGACCAAUCCAUCCACGUUUGCAAAGGAUAACAUGAUUCCAACCUUAUUUGCCCUUUUUUCAGAUUUUUAUUUUCAAAUGAAUGCGGCCGAGUGCAUUUUACAACUCGUGGAGCGAAAACCUAUGAGAAAAGAAGACCGCUUCGAAAUACCAAAUAUUUGUUUAGCGGAUGAGUCAUUUCUCCACUUUGUGCAAGGAACGACCACAGCUCAACCGAAUAAUUGUGAUUUCUUGCGUAAACUUGGAGACAUUUUAACGACCCUGGCACCAAAUGCUAUCCCUGGAAAAGUGAAAGUUGCAAAUUUCCUGCAAGGUUGUGAAAAAUUGGCGAUGCGGGAGGAAGCAGUUGCCGUGCUGGGGACAACCACCGCAAUCAACCAUUUCUUGAAAGCUAUUGAAAAAGACCCAAAUUCAUCCCAGGCAGAUUUUUCUUCAGAAGUUAACAUAUUCUUGAUAAAGUUGCUGGGCUUAAUAUUACAUAAAUUUGUGACGGCCCCACCAAAAUCAUUGGAAAGAGAAGAGAUGAAUCGACUGAAGAAUGAGUUUGCAACGCUUCUCCGACUCGUGGGUCACAGGGUGCCAACUUUAUACAAUGAAGUUAAUGGAUGGCUUCGAAAUUCUUUAAAUAGUCCAACUUCGAUCCAAAACUUCCAGUGGGAAGCACUUACUUUGGUUGUUGAUGCGGUGGCCUCAUCGGUUUCUGAAGAAGACUCGGCUAUGAUUAAAGUCGGCCUAAUGGACCUGGAAACUUGUCACUCCAAAUUUAACUCUGAGCCUUCCUUAGAACUAAAAUCUUUGAUAUUAUCCCUUGUGUCGGCUCUUUUCGUGUUCUUGUUUCUUGCUAAGAAACGGGGCGAAUUUAGUGAAGCUCAUCAUCGCAUGAUGGUUUCGAUUUGUGAUUCAAUGUUUAAAUGUUUCCACUAUGAAGAUUCUGGGACUGGAAAUACACGGGAGAUCCGUCGCCACUCGUCGGCUCUGUUAAUUAAGUUGGCCACAAAAUAUCCAGACGUGAUGGUUCUCGCGUUCGAUUUUAUCCACAGCUCUGCCUCCACCGUGGCCCCGAAACUGUCAACGAUGGAGUACAAUAAUGUGCUCGAGUCUCUCAUGCUCAUUUCAAACGUAUGGAAUGACAUUGCGAAACAGUCCGCCUUUUUGGGCAGCUUAUUCAAUGCAUCAGAGUGGCAGCAAAUCUCGGCAAUUGUCGACACUCCCCAGUCCUUCGUGACCAUUUUUCCUGAAGCCAUAUUUCUCGAGAAGCGGUCCCUCAUGUUGAGAAAUCUUCACAGUGUAUUCUCUAGUUUGCGACGAGUAAAGAAGAUAACAAAAUCAGGAUUUUCAGCAGCACUUAAUGGUUCUAAAAGUAAUGGAGAUAAUGUCACCUCUAAUAACGGGGGAAUUGACACUGAUCUGGCUCUGCAUCCCGCCUACGACCAUGUAUGCCCCCUGCUCCCGAUCGUACUGAAACUGGUAAAAACAUUGCAUUCCUUGCUGGAGAAUCCAGAGCUGCGUUACGUUCAAGAUUUGAGUGAAGGGGAACGAAUUACUGUGAUUGGACUUCAUAUGAUCGACCAUGCUUCGAUCGUGGCGGACCAAGAGAAGGAUAAGAGUCACAAAGAGAACAUUAAGACGUUCGUCCUCAGCCUGCAAGAGUUGGCAUAUGGAAUUCUGGGAGAAAGUUGUCAAGCUUUUGGGUCACGGUUUUAUACGAUCCCUCAACUAAGUGACGCUUAUCUUAGUUUUGGUGGAUUUAAUAGUCAUCUUAUGAAUGAUUUCCGCCUAAGAAACUUGAUUCGAAAUGUAUUUAAGCCUUUUUUAAUUAGUUGUCCUCCCGCACAAGCUCCGACCGUUGUGAUACCAUUUGCACAAAAGUUUUUUCCGUUCAUGGUAGAACGACUCGUGACUCGCUGGAAUGUGAUUGAAAAUGCAAAAUGCGUCGAUGCAGAUGGAGAGGAGGAGAAGGAAGUUCUUGAAAAUUCCUCACUUCGCCUCCUAACCAAAGAAUAUGUCGAACUUCUGGGCAGAGUUAUGGAGAAACAUUCUGGAAAUGCUAAUUCGCCCACGAUGACUGAAAGCAGUGGACCAAUUGUCGACAUUGAUAUGGAUGAUGAUGUAGAUAAGCAGGGAUCCGGCGGCGGACAGUCGUCAGAACUUGGGGAGGUUGGAGCAUUGCUACUCUCAGAUCCGACAUGUUUCAUGGCAAUAGUGAGCUGCAUUGUUUCAUGCAUAUGUUGGGAUGAUAGUGGUGCAUGUCUCCGAGCUGCACGAAGCAUUUUACAAAUUUGGGAAAAGAUCACAGUGCAAUCCGAAGUUGUGAAAGGGACGUUCGCCAACAUUCUUCGAGCAGUUUGUCUUUGGGAAGAAAGCGAGGCGAAUAUGGAUCUCUUGCUCCGUAUCCUAGACGUUUGCUUCCGAACUAAUUAUAAUGUUGAUGCCCACUUUAUUCAAAUGCUCAAAGAUUGGGGAGCACCUGAUGGCGAGAUUCAGAAAUUGAUUGUGCUUUACCAAACCCCCAAGACUGAGAAGAGAAGGAAGGAAGUUUGGAGAAAGUUGGUACAGCAGAAUCCAGCCCUGGAGAGGAACAAGUCUCCGAAAUCUCAAUGGCUCAAAGGACUACCUCAACUAAAAACCAAUUCCGAAAACAGGGAUAAACUAGGACGGCAAAGGUCUCCAGAAAUUGAUCUCACAGAAUGUUUCUCGUUAAUUCAUAGUACAUAAGUUUUUAUGCAGUACCUGCAUGGUACCUGCCUAUUGGGUUGGAUAUGAAAUUAGGUGUUCCACAAUGCAGAUUCUUAUUCACGUUAUUAAUUAUCAUGUUUGCAGGCUUUUAUACUCUCCCAAUUUUUGGGUAUUUAUGCGUUUAUAUCAUGUCAUUUCCACAACAUAUCAUGGCAUUCAGCAGUUAAUGUUAUUUAUGGGAUAGUUAGUUAAUAUUACUGAUAGAAUUUAUUGUUGUUUUUCAAAUUAAUUCUUCAAAAAUUAUUUGUUUAAUCCAUUCAGGUAAAUCGCCACGGCUUUUUCGCAUUCGUCAUGGCUCUUAGUCUGUGCUGUUGUUAUCCCGCUAUGAUGAAUAAUUUAUGCAUGCCAAACUUUGAACGGUACUUACUUGUGUGUGCUAUCUGUAUGUAUGUCGUACCUACCAUUUCCAUAUUUAUUAUGUACCGUGCAACUGUUCUUGAGCUGAACGCUUUAAUAGAAAUCUACCAAAUUUUGUAGUUGCUUUCAGAGAAAACUCAUUAAAACUAGAUUAAGAUGAUGACCUAUAGUAUUAGUUGAGUUGUAGUUGAUGAUUUAGUUUCCUCAUGAAUCUAAAUAAAUGAUAAACUUAUCGCAUUCCUGAUUACUAAAA